AUGUCGUUUCGACCUCCACCGUCGCCCCUCAAAACGACAGGCCGUCGCCUCCGCAGGCGGAGCGGAGAGAGAGCAAUUAAAAACGCCCAGUGGCAUAACUAUAAAUACGCGCGAAAGCGCCUGGGCUUUCCGACAAAUUGCGCUCUCCACUCGCACCAACGGGGAUUCCACCGGAAUCCGCGAAAACCCGUCGCCUGAGAAACCCUAAGAACCCGCGGAUCAACGACGGCGGCGUCGAGCUCCGAUUUCACGGCGAUGUUCGCCGGCGAGGACGACGACGGCGAGUCCCUCGGCCGGAUCGGCAUGAUGGCGUCGUCGCUCCUGAGUCCGGCGGCGCCACCCCAGCAGCCACAGCCGCAGCCGCAGCCGCAGCAGCAGCAGCAUCAGCCGCAGUGGAGCCAGGAGGAGACGAGGGAGUUCAUAAGGAUACGAGCGGAGCUGGAGAGGGAUUUCACGGCGGCGAAGCGGAACAAGAAUCUGUGGGAGAUCGUGAGCGCGCGGAUGAAGGAGAUGGGCUACCGGAGGACGCCGGAGCAGUGCAAGUGCAAGUGGAAGAAUCUGUUGAACCGCUACAAGGUAGCUUUUCGCAUGUUGUUUGUGGUUGUGGAGGGGAAGGAGACAUCGGACCCUGAGAACGGACGGAAAUGUCCUUUUUUCGAGGAACUGCACGCGGUAUUCACCGAAAGAGCGAAGAACAUGCAGCGGCUUCAUCUUGAAUCUGAAGGGACUUCUGUCCAAGCAAAGAAAAGGUUGAAAAGAUACGGCGGCUAUCAAUCUUCUGAUGAGCUCUUUGAGGCUGAUGACGAAGAUGAGGAUGAUAGCGACGAGGAGAGGCCUUUGAAAGUCGGUUCUCGUAAGAGGAAGGCCAAAAAGGUCGUGACCAACAAGCAAUCAGGUGGGACCAGCAGAGUUUCUGGUGGGAGCAGCGGUGCUGAUACUUUGGAAAUGCUCAAGGAAUUCUUCAAGCAGCAACAGGUGAUGGAGAUGCAGUGGAGGAAUAUGAUGGAGAGGCGUGCCCAUGAGCGCCUUCUGUACGAGCAGGAAUGGAGACAGUCGAUGGAGAAGCUCGAGAGGGAGAGGCUGAUGGUUGAGCAGGCUUGGAGGGAGCAGGAAGAGCAGAGGAGGUUACGGGAAGAGAACCGAGCCGAAAGAAGGGAUGCUCUGUUAAACACCCUCUUGAACAAGCUUCUUCAUGAGACCGACUUAUGAAGUGGCUAAAGGGAUAGCUUUACUGACCUAAUUUUGUUGAUGACGGUGGUUCCCAUCUAUACUGUGGAUAGGCCAGAGAGAUUACUAAAGGGUCUUAUUGAUUUGGAGGUACGUCUUGCACAUAUGACUGAAACAUUUUGAG